AACAGAGAUAAAAACAAGACACAAGUAUUCAGUGUGUUUUUAAUUACUCUCUCUCUAUCUAUCUCUGUCCUUGAGCAGCAACAACCGCCUUUAUUACACAACAUACCCUCUGCUUAUAAUCUCUAUCGACCAUCUCUUCUCUUCUCUUUCAAAGAAAGAAGAGUCUGAGACAGAAACUCUCUCUCUCUCUAUAACAAUAGUUUUUUCUGUGAAAACCCAAAAAUCUAAAGAGAAGUUAUGAAUAAACAAGAUGUUAUGAAGCUUCAGACUUGUGUUCUGAAAGUGAACGUACACUGUGAAGGAUGUAAGCAUAAAGUGAAGAAACAUCUGCAGAAAAUCGAAGGUGUGUACUCUGUGAAAGCAGAUGUAGAACAGGGGAAAGUCACUGUUACAGGGAACGUUGACCCAGCUAUCCUGGUUAAGAAACUGAGCAAGUCAGGGAAACAUGCAGAGAUUAUAGGUGGUGGUGGCGGUGGAGGAGGAGGAAAAGGGUUACCUAAUAUGAAUGGGCAGUUUGGUAAUCUCAGUAUGAAUGGAAACGGUAAGGCCAAAGGUGGAAAAGAGAGCAACCAAGUAAAGGGGAAAGGUAACGGUGGUGGUGGUCAGAAUCAAGGACAUGGUCAACCCAUGCAGUUGACUCCUCAGCAAAUACAACAGAUGAUGAUGAUGAAGGCUGCUCAAGGUGGUGGUGGUGGUGGUGGGAAGAUGAUGCCUCCUGUGGCGUCUAAGGAUCAGAAGAAGUCUGUUAAGUUUGCGGAAGAAGAUGAUGAGUUUAGUGAGGAUGAUUAUGAUGAUGAGUUCAGUGAAGAUGAUUAUGAUGAUGAUGAGUUUGAUGAUGAGGAUGGUGAGAUGGGAGGACAUGGUCAUGGUGGAGGAGGAAACCAUCACAUGCCUCCAAAUAAGAUGAUGAUGCCUAACAAGAUGCCUCAAAUGGGUCAGCAUGGUGGUGGUGGUGGUGGACCUAAGGGGCCUAAUGAGAUUAUGAUGAUGAUGAAUGGUUUCAAAGCCGGUGGUGGUGGAGCAGGAGGAGCAGGGAAGAAAGGUGGAGGAGGAGGUGGUGGCUUUGAGAUUCCAGUGCAAAUGAAGGGAAUGAGUGAAGGUAAAAUGGGGAAAGAGGGUAAAAAAGGAGGAGAGAAAGGUAAAAAAGAAGGGAAAAAUAAUAAAGGAGGUGGGGGUAAAACAGAAAAAACAGAUGCCAAAAGUGGUAGUGGUGGUGGCCUUCUAGGGUUUUUCAAAAAUGUUAAAAGUGGAAAAGGAGAUGAGAAGAAGGGAGGUGGUAAGAAAGAAGGUGGUGGUGAUAAGGUAAAAUCUCCCAGUGGUGGGGGAGGAGGUGUUCAUCAUUAUGAUAGUGGGCCUAAAAAGGCAGGAGGUAAAUCGAAAGGAGGAGCCCAUGGGGCCCAUGAUAUGGAUGAUCUCAUGAAACACAACAAAGCAGGCGGAGGAGGUAACAAGGGUAAUCAUAGCACCAAGGGGAAGGGUGGCCCCAUGGGUCAAGGUGGUCCGAUGAGUAUGAUGGGUCAAGGUGGUCCAAUGGGCAUGAUGGGUCAAGGUAUGGGUAUGAUGGGUCAAGGCGGUCAAAUGGGAUACCAAGGCGGUUCCUACCCGGCGGUACAAGGCUUGCCGAUGAGUGGAGGAGGAGGAGGUUAUUAUCCACCACAACCUCAGGCAAAUCAUCAAAUGAACCAGCAACAGUACAUGCAAAUGAUGAUGCACCAGCAGCAGCAGCAACAACAACAACAAGCUGCAGCUCAUGGAGGAUAUGGGGGUGGUCACGGUGGAGACAUGUACCAUCCGAUGAUGUAUGCUCGGCCAUAUCCAGCAGUGAACUAUGCUCAUCCACCUCCAAUGCCGUCUCCACACUCGGGUCCUUAUACUGAUAUGUUCAGCGAUGAGAAUCCAGCUGGUUGUAGUAUCAUGUGAUCUUUUUGUAAUGUUAAAGUAGACAAAAUGAAUCUGUUUAUCUUAGAAGUCAUGUGUUAUUUUCUUUUUUUUUGGGAGCUGUCAUUUUCUUUUCUAACUCUGCCUAGGAUAUGAAUAUAUAUUUUUGGUGGCAUGAUGUUUAUAAUAUCUCGAGUUUGAUGGUUACAAAGUAAGUUAAUUAUUUUGAAGACACAAUAGGGAAGAGCAGAGUCUGUAUUGUAUAAUUUUGUAAACUUAAUUGUAUAGCAAUAUUUAUUAAUAUUAUCA